CAAAGGGUGGCUACUUUGAAGAAUAGGAAAGCAACAGGGACGAGGAGUUUUGACAAAGAAACUGGGGUCUAUGAGUAACAAAUAGGACAUUUAAGGGUAGGAUAUGGAUGUAUCAGUACUUGAUUGUUUCAAUAUUAGGGUAUUGGCAUGUGGGUGUUAGGAUUAGGGUAUGGGUAUGGGGGUAACAGGGCUGGGUUGUGUGGGUUAUUCGGGUUUAGGUGUGUGGGUAAGUGGACUGAGGUAUAAAGAUAUUGGGCUGAGGGAUGGGGGUAACAGGGCUGGGUUGUGUGGGUUAUUCGGGUUUAGGUGUGUGGGUAAGUGGACUGAGGUAUAAAGAUAUUGGGCUGAGGGAUGGGGGUAAAUGUUUGUUAAUUGUAUUAUAGGCAGAGCAAUGUAUGCUCACAUUGGUCACAAUUACCAGAGAAUAUAACAUACGUUUUUUACAUACUUUAAAAUCUUUAUGGGUUAACAAAUGGGUUAAUAAUAUUGAAUAUGUAUGUGUCCCCUUUCUCUUCCCCACAGAGAAAAAAGAGGAAGAAACAGUAUAUGCUGAAGUAAAGGUUAAGGGAAGUGCAGUCACUCAACGGAAUCCUGCCACAGCAGUGGAUGAGAGGCCUGCUCUCCACUCUCAACCCCUUCGAGGAGUGGCAGUGUGUUUGGGUGUUCUUUGUGUCCUCUUGGUUUCAGCCAUUAUAGGCCUCUAUGUGUACUUCAGCACUGCUCUGUCAGAGCACAACACAAAGUUAGUGAGGGAACUGAAGCAACUAACAGAUGCGCGUGCAUUCCUACUGGCGGCCAAUCAGGACCUUACGAACCUCAACAGCAAUCUGAGUACAGCCAAUCACAUUUUGCGGAGUGAUUAUAGCAAUGUAAGCACUGCAAACCAACGUUUAGCGGCUGAGAAAGAAGCAUUGUCAAGAGAGAGGGAUAGACUGAACUGGAAUCUUAGGUCCAUAUAUCAGUUUGAAGAUUUUCCAGUCAAUCAAUAUUGUUCACCAAAAGAUGACGUAGGAGAGAGAAAGUGUAACCCUUGUCGAAGUGGGUGGCUGUUGUUCCAAUCUAGUUGUUACCAGAUUUUAUACCCUUCCAGUCCCUGGAAGACCUGGCAACAAAGCAGAGAGAAUUGCAAACAACAUAAUUCGGAUUUGCUUGUCAUAGGAAGUCAAAAGGAACAGGAAUUCAUUCAUAACCACACUCAAUUCUACUUUGAUAUGCAUCAUGGAUACUGGAUCGGUUUGACUGACAUAGCUCAUGUCAGCCAAUGGCUCUGGGUUAAUGGAAGUCAACAGACUGAUGGGUUUUGGAAAAAACAAACUGGGGGUAAUUGCGUGUUAACUGUCCCAAAUAAUGCACCUUUGGUUAAUUGGAAUGCUGAAUCGUGUAGCAUGGAGAACCGUUGGAUCUGUGAGAGUAGAGCCUUAAUAUGGUCAAAUUAAAUUGCAGGGACACUCUUUCAAGAGCUAUUCUCACAUACUGAACUCAUAUAUUAUUGCAUCUCCACUUGAGAAUUACAUUGAGUUUUAUUCUUCUAACUUAAGGACCCCUGCAUCUGUCUGUUGGGGUCAAUUCGAAUUCACUCAAUUCAGGAAGUGAUUUUAAUUAAACAUUUACAAUGGAAAACCUUCAUUAGCUGACUUCAAUUUGAAUUGACCCCAAUCCGGUUCUGGUUGUAUGUUUUUGAUAUGUUAACAACCAAGGAUCUGUUGUAAUGUAGCUAUAGAGAAGUUUAAAAAAUAAUGUUCCGUUUUGACCUUUCAUAUAAA